AUGUCUGAGCAAGAAAAUUUGGAACAAAAUCCUACGGUAGAGUCUGAGGUCCCUGCAUCUGAAACUAUCUCCGAAGAACCUUCUGUCGUGCCUGCAAAUGCUAUUAAAGGUGGUAGAGAAACUUCUGAUAAAGUGCUAUAUGUGGGUAAUUUAGAUACCUCGAUCAAUGAAGAAAUCUUGAAACAGUAUUUUCAAGUUGGUGGUCCAAUUGCCAAUGUAAAGAUUAUGGUAGACAAGAACAACAGUAAUGCCAAUUAUGCUUUUGUCGAAUAUUUUCAAUCGCAUGAUGCCAAUAUCGCUUUGCAAACUUUGAACGGGAAACAGAUUGAGAAUAAUGUGGUUAAGAUCAAUUGGGCUUUCCAAUCACAACAAGUUUCUCCAGAUGAGGCUACUUUCAACUUGUUUGUGGGUGAUUUGAAUGUUGAUGUUGAUGAUGAGACUUUGAGAAACGCUUUUAAAGAGUUCCCAACGUACCUACAGGGCCAUGUGAUGUGGGAUAUGCAGACUGGUGGGUCUAGAGGUUAUGGUUUUGUCUCUUUUGGUAGCCAAGAGGAAGCACAAAAGGCUAUGGACGCAAUGCAAGGUCAUGAGUUGAACGGUAGACCAUUGAGAAUCAAUUGGGCUUCUAAGCGUGAAAAUAAUAACAACAAUAACCGUCGUAACGUCAAUGGUCCUCGUAACAACGGGUUCCGUCACAACAACGGUGGCUUCCCAGGUAGCAGAGGUAUGCCAAUGCCACCACCAAACUCUAUGAGUUUACCAAUGGGUGUGGUGCCUCCACCACAGGCUCUCGGCAAUCCAAAUGGCCCUUCAGUACCACCACCAGUAAAUCCACAGGCUGUCGAUUCGAUGAUCAGAAGAGCUCCACCAAGAGUCACUACGGCUUACAUUGGUAAUAUCCCACAUUUCGCUAUUGAAGCUGACCUGAUCCCACUUCUACAGAAUUUUGGUUUUAUCAUAGACUUUAAACACUACCCAGAGAAGGGAUGUUGCUUCAUCAAAUAUGAUACUCAUGAACAAGCUGCCGUAUGUAUCGUGGCUCUAGCAAACUUCCCAUUCCAGGGUAGAAAUUUGAGAACUGGCUGGGGUAAGGAGAGAACGUCGUUUGUGCCAAUGAGCCAACAACAGCCACCACAACAACCACAACAACCACAGCAACAGGAAGAAGCUGUGCCACCUGUCGAUAUGACGGAAGAAAAUGCACAAUAA